CGCUCCGCGCCGCGCUCAGUGCUGGGCCGGCACGCGGGGAGGUAGGAGCGUCACGCAGCGGGCUGCGCGACAGGCACCGGGAGGCUCACGCCCGACGCCGUGCUCGAGUACGCAACGUGCCGGUCGGGCCGGACCACACCAAGGACCACCAAGGACCGAGCUGAGCAACACUCCACGGACUGCCACUCGAGGAGAGCGUCGCGUCCGGGACCCCGGCGAGCACCUUCGCGUCGCUGCCUCCGCGCCGUUGUCGUCGUCGCCGUCGCCGUCAUCGCCGAGGGGAACCUCGGCAGCAGUCUUCACACCCCUCCUGGACACGAACAGCGUCAAGACGAACUCCGAAAAGAUGAUCAAGGAGCUGUGGAGGCGGGAGCUGCGGCUCGACCUCCUCAGGGCAGACUACCACACGCCGCAGAAGUUUACACAGACUGAGUGGCAGGACCCGCGCCAGCCGCCCGCGCUGUGGUACGUGGUGUACCGCUGGCUGUCCGCGGGGCUGUUCGUGGCCGUGGCCGUGUGCUCGGUGCUGGACGCGGGCCGCGAGGGUCAGGACCUGGGCGUGCGCUACGUCAAGUGGCCCAUCUACUUGACCAACUGGGGGCUGGCGUGCUGCUGCCUCCAGGCCGCGCUCGGCGCCGGGCUCGCCACCGCCAACUUCGUCCAGGAGAGGCGACAGCGCAGAGGUGGCAGGCUGCCUCGGACGCUGUACCACCCCCUGGCGCCGCGGUGCACGGAGCGCGAUGCGGCUCCGAGCGGUCAGGGGGGCCUCGGGAGCCCCGGGGCGGUGCUGCAGGCGCCAUCACUACCCCUGCUGCACCGCCUGUACUGGGUGCUCAACACCAUCUCCAUCACCGUGGCCAUUGGCAUCACCUGCACCUAUUGGGUGGCCGUCUACGACCCCAGUGAACACGUGCUGGACGCGCUCAACAUCCUGGUGCACGCCGCCAACUCGGCGCUCAUGCUCGUCGACGUCCUCAUGUCGGCGCACCCGCUGCGCCUGCUGCACGCCUUCUGGCCGCUCCUCUUCGUGUUCGUGUACCUCAGCUUCAGCCUCGUGUACUUCCUGGCAGGCGGCACAGACAGGAUGGACCGGACGUGCGUGUACCCGGUGCUGGACUGGGAGCGGCCGACGCGCACCACGGUGGUGUGCGUCCUCGGGCUGAGCUUCGUGGUGGCCGUGCACACGGCCGUGUGGGCCCUGCAGCUCGCCCGGCGCCGCGUCGCGCGCUCCCUCCGCGAGGCCAAGGCGGCCGCCAACAAGGGCGAGAAGAAGGACCCCGGCGUCCAGCUGGACGCCAUGGCGUGAAUCCACCUGCCCAAGACUUUAAUACUGCCUCCCACCUAUACGCCUGCCUGUCUCGUGCUGCUGUCCAACCUUUUAAUUGAUUUUGCGUGAUAUGUUACUUAUGAACAUGAACUGUGAACAUCUUGUCCCCGCGGUCGGUUUGGCUGAGAAGGCCGUAAACUUAUUCUGUGAAUAUUCCAUCGUGACAUCCUAAAACUUUUAAAACAAUCAAGGCUUCUUUUAACACUUUUCGUGCGGGACAUUUUUAUGUUGUUGUCCCCCCUCAGAGGCGUGCCUCACACUAAAACUCCAAAGUCUUGAUUUUUAUCAGAGGCCUAUGAAAAAAUAGACUUCAGGCACUAAUGGGACAUUUUUAGGACUCACCAUGGAGAACCCACUGCACGGAAAGUGUUAAAAUAAUUAUUUUCCCCAAAAGCAUAUCAAUGCAUUUCCGCAUCCUUAUAAUGAAUGAUAUCUGUGCCCUCCUGUACUAUUCAUUAUUUUGGGUUUAUAAUAAUCCAGGGAAUUUACAGUGUCAGAAUACGCACAUUCUAUCAUUUUAUUUCUGACCCAGUGUUUGAUCAUCAUUUUGGCUUUCUGUAGCUCUGUGUACACCAACUCAUCAUCUCUCAUUUUCUUUUUUCUUCUCUGUAAGAUGGCUUGAUUUGCUAAAGAAAGGCAAAUUUUUGGAAUCGUAUUGUUAAACAGACAAAAUUUAACAAAUAAAUACUCCAAGUGGCCAUAGGUAUUAUUGGUUUGUUCAGAAUUAAAAUUGGUUUAAUAUAUGAAUUUGAUGAUUUUUGUAAAUAUCAUACAAUUUAAGUUGUGAUUAGAAUAACCCUAUGAAGAGUAACUCUCAGGAGAAUUAUCUUUGCCAAUGUUUAUAUGUUUUAUAUUUGAGUGUUAUUCUUUUCUUUGUUUGAGUCACCUCAAGUUAUAAGACUCAUAUUCUUUUGUGAUAUUUAUUUUAAAAGGCAAUUCACUUGAAUAUUCUAUAUAUUCAUGAAUAUAGCAGAUGUAUUUGAAGUGGCCAUCAAAUGUCGUCCUUGGGCUGCCUGCACAGAGCAGGGGUAGACCUAAACUAGUCGUUUUGUGUACAUCUAGUAUUCGGUUAUAUAUAAGAAAAUGGUAUUACGCUCAGUAUAGAAAAUGUAGUAUAAAUCAUGCAUUCUUUCCGAUAAAUUUAAGGCUUUAAAAAAUGCGUGUUUUUUCCGUACCGUUUCCCAAGAGCAGUAGCAUUCUUUAGCGAUUUUGCGUUAAGAUACUAUUGUGCUGCAUGAAAACAAUCCAGAACAUUGCAAUGCCAUCGAUAAGCUAUUUGUCAUUGGUUCCUCAUCCUACCUCAGUGUUUUAAAACACUGAUUUAGUUAGAUUUAUCAUACCAUUUCAUUUGUAUUUGUGUCAUGCCUAAAGACUUUAAGUUCUAUUUAAUAUGUUUCUUAUUUUGACAUCAACACCUGCUCUAUUUAUAGAAACUUCAACUUUAACAUUUUGCAGUCUUCUUUGAGGCCAGUGAGGUGUGAAGUCUUGGUCGGCUUCAAAGCAGAGUUAUAUAUUAUGUCUGUUGAAGAUUUUGGAAUGCAUUUUUAUUGUUAUUGUAUAUAUGCAUACAUAUAUAUCUGUAUGUGAUUCGCAAGCAAACCAGUGAUAAGAUCAGUAAUGUCUUACAUUGCGUUAUUUCUUAGGAUUUAUGAGCUAUGUUUGAUGCAUGUAGUUUGUUGUCUAUUGUCAUUUUUCUGUUAAUUGUAUAGUAUUUAAAGCAUAUAUACCAGUAGACUGUGUUGAGUUCCUUGGAGGAGGACUAUACUUAUACAUUGAUAUUACAUGUGUGCUUUUGGCAUUGAGCAUAUUUCAAGUGAGUUUUCCACUUUAAAACUAGACAUUAAUAUGUUGAAUGCAGGAUGGUUUUUGUAUCAUUUGACCCAAGUGAUGACUAUAUCAUGGUUUUACUGCACUCAGUAUGUAAAUUUCAGCUAGAAUUCCAUCUGUAACUCUGUGAUUUUUGAAAAUUUACUCAUUAGUGAAUUUCCUUUGAGUAGAUGAGUAAUCAAAGUAAAAGUAACUGAACAGAUAACAUUUGUCAGAAUGGUAUGUGGCUUAACAAAUAUGCUCAAUUUUAUUUGCUCAAUUUGUGGACUGUCCAUAUGAUGCAGUGAGCUGCUUAAGGACCUGCUUAAAGGACAAAUUGUAUGAUAAUUCACUUAAUUUACAGAUCAUUUCACAAUCUGACAGAUGCUUUGAAACAUUUGCAUUGUUUAAAAUUUGCAACAUGUCUGGGGCAAAGCAUAUUUACAACCAUGGCCAUGUAAAUUCUGUUCUAUUAAAUGUUAUGGAUUU